AUGAAGGUUUUUGAGCGUGUCCUGGAGGCUCGUCUGAGGAAAAUUGUCAGCGUUUCACUCAACCAGUGCGGUUUUGUGAAGGACUGCAGCACUAUAGAUGCUAUCCAUGCUGUCCGUAUCCUUCUAGAGAAGCAUCGAGAGAAGAACCGCAGUGUGCAUCUUACUUUUCUCGAUCUCGAGAAAGCUUUCGACCGUGUCCCACAUGAGCUGUUAUGGAUGUCCAUGAGGUCGCAUAGAGUACCAGAGGAAUAUGUGCGAGGAGAGGAGCAGGACUCGGCGCCUGCAUACACGGUACUAUCGGUGCAGCAGUGGUGGCAGAACAACCUUCACGAAGCUUUAAUGAAAAUUUGGGAUGAAAUGGACGACAACUAUCUCCUGUGCACCGCCGAUGCCUUCUCCUGCAUUUUUCGAUAA